AUGCCUUCAUAUUACGUUUGGUUUCUGAUCGCGAGUGCUAUUCCGGCCUUGGCUCGGAGUGCUAAUCCACAUCACCAGAGUUCCGUAACUUCAAUUCAGCAACCUCGAGUGAGAAUAGACCAAGGGUUGGUGGUUGGUAAGAUACAGCAUGGCAAUUAUCCUGUCCCAGUGGAGGCUUUUAUGGGAUUGCCAUAUGCUCGGCCACCAGUAGGUGAUUUGCGGUUUCGAAGGGCCGCACCUCUACCAUCUUCUAAUACCACUAUAUUGGCACAGGAAUAUGGGUUAAUAUGUCCUGGCAACAAUUCCGGGAUAUUGAGUGGGAGUGAAGAUUGUUUGACCGUCAACAUUUUCCGCCAGAAGCGCCCAAGAUCUCACAAGAAAGUCCCAGUAGCAGUUUAUAUUCCUGGGGGUGCGUUCAAUCGGGGUAGCUCCAAGUCGCACAAUACUUCUUCGAUGGUAGCAUGGUCUGAAAAGCCAUUUAUUGGAGUCAGUUUUAAUUAUAGAGUUGGCGCACUCGGCUUCCCGUCUUCGACUUUAGGGUUUGAUGAAGGCAUACUGAAUCUUGGUCUUCACGACCAAAUGUUCCUUUUGCAAUGGGUACAAGAUAACAUUGAGGCUUUUGGUGGAAACAAAAAUGAUGUUACACUAUUUGGUGCAUCAGCGGGUGCUCACUCUGUCGGUCAUCAUCUGAACAAUUUUGUGGAAGGGGUCGCACCUCCAUUUCAUAAGGUGAUUAUCGAAUCUGGGGGUUCAACCGCUCGAUCAACUCAAUAUUACAACACGUCAAUCACGGAAGAACAAUUUUCAAAAUUUCUAGUCCUCGUAGGGUGCGCAGAAGAACCUCGAAACUCAACAACCUCGUGUCUUCGUUCCAAGCCCGAGGCCUUGAUAGUAAACGCAUCGAACGCGGUAUUUGACGGGUACGAUCCAAGCUUACGAUGGCCAUUUCAGCCAGUCAUCGACGGAGAUAUCAUUCAGCAAAAACCCAUCGAUCAGUGGAAGUCCGGCAGGUGGAACCGCAUGCCAAUCGUUACAGGUCAUUGCACCAAUGAGGGAGCCGGUUUCGUUCCCGCCACAAUGUCGACACCCGAACAAUUCACCGACUUCUUCUAUACCCUCCUGCCACAAUUUUCUGCGAGAUAUCUGGACGCCAUCAAUCAAUUGUAUCCGGACCCAUCCACUGGUAACUCGUCGCUCUACCUCGACACCCGAAACCUGACUGCCAUCAAAGUAGGACCACAAUUCAAGCGCGUCGAAGCCGCAUAUGCUCAUUACGCAUACGCUUGUCCCGCACGUCAGACAGCACAUCUUGCAUCCAGCGCUCAAGAACAACCCAUAUGGGCGUAUCACUGGGCGUUGAACAAGACUGUCAAAGGUGGUGCAGGCCACGUCGACAACAUCGAAUACGAGUCCUUCCAAGACUCCGUAAUUACGAUCAGCGAGAGCCAGAAAGAAGUCAGCGGCAUCUACCAUUCCUUCAUCACGAAUUUCAUCACAACUGGAAACCCUAACGGCAAAUCAACACGCUGGAGAAAACGACCAACUUGGAAAGCUUACGAUAUCGAGAAGAGAGAAAUCAUGACGUUCGGCCUGGGCAAUAACGAACGAGCUGGUGGGAACGAUACGGGUAUUGCUGCGCAAAUGAGAGGGAGUGAAUGGAUUACCGAGGAAUGCAAUUUCUGGUGGGCUAAAACCGAGGAUUCUUAG